GGUGGGUGACAAAUGACAACACAGAGGUACGAGGGUAAAAAGAUGAAGCUCACUGUCGUAAUGCUGCUGGGUGUGGCGGCCCUCACCUCCGCUAUCGAGUACCAAAGGUACAAGGUGGUGAGUGUGCGGCCGAGGACUCACGAGGAGGUAAUGAUAGUGGAGGGCUUGGUGAACAGGUGGGAGCUGGACCAAUGGUCGUCCCUCAAGGCUCUGGGCACACCUAUGGACAUAAUGGUGUCGCCGAGGUUGACACAACGCUUCCUUGGCGUUCUCCGUCGGCGGCACAUCCCCUUCACUAUCAAGAUCAAUGAUGUCCAGGCGCUCAUCAACACGGAGUCUGCCCAGUACAAGACGAGUCAGUCGAUGCCACACAAGUUUGAUCACGCUGACUACCACAGAACUGAUGAAAUCUACUCCAUCCUGAAAGGCGCGGAAACAGACUUCCCUGACCUAGUAACAAUCUACACGGCUGCCACCACCUACGAGGGCAGAGACAUCCGCGUUGCCAAGGUUUCCACUGGAGGUUCCAAACCUGUAAUCUGGAUCGACUGUGGGAUCCACGCCCGCGAGUGGAUCGCUCACGCCACCUGUCAGUACAUAUUAGACCAACUGACCUCUGGAAGCAACAGCGACAGUGAGGUCUCUGCCCUCCUGGACUCCUACGACUUCCACAUCAUGCCCGUCGUCAACCCUGACGGCUACGAGUACACCUGGACUUCUGAUCGUCUUUGGCGCAAGAACCGCGUCCCCAACACUAUCUGUCAUGGCGUCGACUGCAACCGUAACUUCGAUUCAGACUUCGGAGGUAUCGGGACUUCCGACAAUCCCUGUUCCGACCUUUACCACGGAAAGUCUGCGUUCUCUGAGAAGGAAAGUCAGGUUGUGAGGGAUUCCAUUAAAGAUCUGGGCGUAAAAAUGUUCGUCACGAUCCACUCCUACUCCCAGUUAUGGAUGACCCCCUACGGCUACACGAAUGACAAGCCCGCUAACUACGACGAACAAUACCGCGUGGCUGGGGAGGCAGUGGUAGCGCUGGAGGCAGUUCACGGCACCAGGUACCAGUACGGCAACAUCGCUGACGUUAUUUACAUGGCGGCGGGAGGCAGCAUCGACUGGGCCUACGACAGCGCUGGUGUGGAGUACGCUUUUGGCCUGGAGUUGCGUGACACAGGCUCCUAUGGCUUCCUCUUGCCAAAAGAACAGAUCAUUCCAACAGGCGAGGAGACCUGGGCCGGUAUUAAGGCUGCCGUUCAAGCAAUAUAAACAGUAGACACCAACCUGCUGCUGCAUCAGACAGUUGAGUGUAUCCAGCAGUACCCACCACCACUACCAAAUAUUACUCAGGCGAUAACACCAUUCAUCUAUGACGCCAUCUCCCGUAAGCAUCGUCCACAUCUAACAAUAAAUUAUAUAUAUAUAUAUAUAUAUAUAU